AUGUUGACCGUCUCGUCCGGACCGGGCGCUCCCAGCGUCGUCGAGAGCGCCGCCGGCUACGCUGUCAACGCCGCGCGACGUCGGCGCAGCUCGCAGCGCACUUCCUACCAGCGACGCAUCAACCCCAUCGGUGCUGGCAAGCACGGCUCUUCGAUCAGUCGUGAUAACACGGCUGAGAUUCAUGGCAUCUCCAUGGACCGCCUCACCUACAUGAACACCGCCCUCGAAGCCCUGCCCGGCUUUGCGUUGCGGGAGUAUUUUGUACCGAUUAUGCGUCUUAAAAAGCAGCUCCUGCUGCGUCAGCGCAGAUCGAAGGAGCGUUUCCCUGCAAUGGGCACGGUCGCCUACACCAAGAUGGUCACCGUCGCUGUCGCUUCGCUGGCCAAGUCCCUCAGCUCCGCGGGUGGGGACCUGAUGCUGGACGGCGGCACGGCCAGCUUCGAUGUGGACGCAAAAGGGCUGGGCGAGUGCCUGGGUAGCAAACUCUCGCCCAUCUGCAUGGAGGCGGGCAGCGUGCUUGGUUACCCGCGCGAGCCGCCAGAGGCGUCCUUCGUCUACAUCAUGCUGUCCGGCACCGUGACGGUGAUGCACUUCCAACCGCCGUCCUUGCCGACCCAGCAGCGUCGCACCGGUGGUGGUGGCAGCAGCCGCAAGGAGCGCCAGACUUACUUUACCUCCGCGAAGGACGUGGUGCGGCUGUGCGGUGGGGGCGCCGUGCAGGAUGCCGCCCUCCUGCUGGACGACUACAACGGCAGCGAGUCGGGAGCCGCAGUCGAUGCGGCGUCCACGUCAAACGUGACAACGGCAAUUCAGCGAUCGCUGCGCCGCGCCAGCCGCACCGUGGGCCAGCCGACCCUGCAGUACACGCGCAUGGAGCAGCUGAGUGGUCCGGUGGUGCUGGGGGCCAGCGAGGCCAUUGGCUUGGCGCCGUGCAAGUACGUCAGCUACAUCGCCUCUGCCGAACCGGGCAGACCGGUGAGGCAGACAAGCAACUUGAGCAGCACCAUCAAUAACAGCAGCAGCAACAAAACCGACGAGGUGGAGGUGGUGCAGGCCUUCCGUGUCCGCACCGCCGAUGUGCACGCAGCGUUGAUUCAGCUAGCCGCGGAGCAGCAGGCCGAGCGGCAGGCAAAGUCACCCUUCCGCUACGUGCCGUGGUGUACGGCCGCUGCCGGGGAGGCCGUUGCCCAUGGCACUGUGCGCACCAUGGCGGACUUCGUUGUGGCGGCGCGCCGUCGCACCCUUUACAAUGACUACGCCGCGGUGGAGCUGAUGAUGCGGCAGAGCUGGCUGCUGCAGGACGCUCCGUCGCACACCAUCCGCACCCUCAUCACACACCUGGAGCCGCACACGUACAUGCCGGGCGAGGUCAUCGCCUGCCCGCACACACCAGGCGCAGAGCGGCAGCUGUGCUUUCUCCGCCGCGGUCGCCUGGGCGUGUACACGUUGCCGAAGGUCAGUGCCGGUGCUGCUGCUGCGGCCGCUGGUGGCGGGAGGAGGUCUCCGUUGAACUCCGCGGCGCUUCAAAGGGGUGCUGCGUCGCGUGCAGCACGUGACGGGUGUGAGUGCUGGCGCACGACGGACAUCUCGGCAGGAGCGCAGCCCGACGAGGUGGUUGAGUCCGGCGCCUCCUUCGGUGAGCUGUCCGUCCUUUUUCCGGAGCCGCGCCACUGCGUGCUGCGUGCCGCCACCAUUUGCGAUGCGUGGUGCCUGCCGCGCCGCAGCUUCACACGUCUCAUGCAGCGCGAUACCAGCGUUCGUGACGGUCUCCUGCAGAAGGCGGCGGUGCUGCGGAUUGAGUGGAUGAGUGAGCAGCGCCUGACCCGCGCUCUGGCGCAGCAGCUGCGUGCCAGUUCCGAGCUGCUCCGCCCGCUGCCGGAUAUCGCUCUUCGCCUCAUCCAGGAGCGACUGGAGCCGGUGGUGUAUGCGCCGGGCUCGCUCGUCGUGAGCACGUCGACCAAGUGCAAGGAGGUCAUCUUCAUCAUGCACGGCUCCGUCUCGACCAUCUGCGAAGGCGUGGCGACCUACGGCCCAGGAGACGUGCUGGGCGAGGGCUGCUUGGUGCCCCACCGCUGGCCAUUGGGGCUUGCCGCGCGGACGAUGGUGGAGGGCUGGCGCAUCAAGGCGGACCAGCUCCGCGACGCCUUCCGUCUCGUGGACAAGUUGCACCACUACUCCGGCCUCGUGACGAGUCAGACCGUGCUGCUGAUGAAGCGGAUCUUCGGCGAGCCGCAGCCGCCGAUUGAGGUGGACGCGGUGGGGCGGCAGCGCAUGCCAACCGUCGGCGCCGCGCCUGGCGGGACCACUUACCUCGCCUUCGCUCACGCAGUCAGCGAGGUCCAGCUGAGGGCGCUGUGCUUUCUGCACCGCGACUACGUGCGGUGGGAGGACAUCGACUACUCUUGCGUCGACGGCGGGGCGGCGAAGCUGCAGGGAAACCCGCUCAACAUGCUGGCGCGAGAGCUGGCGAUUCGUCACCUCAACGGCAGCAGGACAAAGUCCGUGGCGUCCGCGCUGACCCAACAGCACCAGUCCCCGUCGGCUUCAAGCCAGCGGCGGAAAACGACGGCCGUCCCUGUUACUACCGAAAACGCCGCGGGCAAGGAGAGCGGCGAGAGGAUCGCAGGGUCCGCAGCGGCCGGCACGAAGACAUCGGCGGCCGGCUCGGGCCGCAACGCGGUGCGGGCCAGCAGCUCCGGCCGACGAAGUCGCGACCCGACUCCACACGGUGACGGCCCCCGUGGCCCACGCUGCCGAGUGGCGAGUGCUGGCGCCUUUCUGGUCAAGAACGCCUUCUUGCCCGAUGAGGCCAAAGCUCCCCCUUUCAGCGCAUCUGCGCCAUCAGCGACCACAGGUGGCGGCCGCCCUACAUCCCGACGCGCUUUCAACAGAGGCGCCUUUGCGAAGCACGCCAUCACGCUGCCUCCCCGUCUGCAGCACAUGACGAGGUUGCUGGAGGAGCGCAACCGGACCUGGGCGGCGGAGCAGCGGCACGAGGCAACGCUGGCGCAGCAAGAGGCGAGUCAGCGGGAGGCCGCGGUGCGCGACCAGGUAGCACUGCACGCCUCCGCCGCCGCGCCGCAGCGUCCGUCCUCUCCCGCACGUGGUCAAACGAAGGCGGCGGUGGGGGGCCGCGAGGGCGGCGCACUGGCCCCCGCGCCGACCACCUCGCACUUCUCCCAUGCGGACGUCAGCCUUGCGCCGGUGCACAUCUUUCUUCAGGCUGAGAAUCCAAAGUACGAACUCGACCUGAGGGAGGCCGUCGCCAUCGGCUACGUCAUGCAGCUGCCGGACAUUACCCACAUUCAGUACUCCGUCUCCCUCGUCGACCCGGACGUUGCCCUCGGACCACCCGGGCAGCGUGCCCGGCGGCACCUCAUGUCCAUCACCCCAAACGACCGCUACAACAAGCACAACUUUUUGUUUGCGGCCUCCGCCCUCGAAGACGGCGGCUCGACGGAGUCGAAGAAGGCAGCCGCCGAAGCCGCGGCCGCGGCCACGCUGCGCAGUAAAGCGCGCAAGCUGUACACGAUGAUGCGCACGACGGUGGCGGCGCGGAUGGACGCAGCGGCAGACCAGAUGAACACCACCCCGCUUCGUCAAAUGUCGUUUGAAGACAGCCCUGGCAACGAAAGCAUCAGCCCACGUCCGCCUGACGGGUUGACGCUGACAGAUGAGCUGCAGGUGCGGUCCCCGAAGGGCGACGCGGAGGGCCUGGUGCGGUCGCCGUCCCUCUCCUUCCCCAAAACGCCACUGCCACAACACACACCGCAGCCGCCGAGCCCACCCGUGAGGCGCACCAGCUCCGUCCACACGCCGUCCCCGUUCCGCAGCUCCGCCGGCAAGAGCAGACAGCGGUGGUCUGAUGAGGCCUUCCAACGUAUGCUGCAGCGCGAACCAGUGCAGGCAGUCGAUCUGCUGCGCAAGCACUACGGUGUGCCGUGGAAUGCCGCCGCAGGUAGCAACGGCGGUGGUGGCACCGCCUCUGGUCAGUCACCAACCGCUCGACACGUCACGGAGUCGCGCAGCGGUAACGCGUCUGCCUUCUCUUCGAACUUCGACGUCUUCGGCGAGCCACAGCGCCGGUUGAGGCGGCCGUCGUUGCUGGAUCGACUCGAGAUGGCGGCGGCGGGCGGUGGCCCCACGACAACGCCGCUGAGCGGGUUGCCCUCACGGGACGCGGUCAACACGGACGCCCACGGCGGCGAGCUCGCAGACGCGGCGGAGUUGACGUCCAACGAGGAGGUGGUGUUGACGAACAACACCGCCCCGACAUACCCGCCGCUAACGCACGCCACGGCGCGCGAUCGCUGGCACUGCGGCAACCAGCUCACACUAGGCAGCGCACAACCUGCGAGCAGUGCCGUGAACAAUGCCGGUGCCGACCUCCCCCCAGCGGGGCAGCGCAGGAGUCAAGUGAACAUCAAUGCCGGCGCCAACGCCGGUGCACCGCCGUUCGCAGUCGCGCCGGAAAGCGGCGCGCUGAACGACUACUUCUACAGCAACAUCCGUCGUCGCUACCCACCCACGCUCUUUGUGGAGGGCUACGGCCCGUUGGAGCUGCUCUCUCCCGAGUGGGUAGAGUACCCCCCAACAAUUCAAAUCGGCGCUGAUGGCGGUGCUGCUGCAGGUGCUGGUGCUGGCCCUGACGGUUCUCUUGAGAAGGUGGGUGGGUCGGGGGAGCGCAGCGGUGCGCCGGUCAGCGCGUCUCGCGUGUCACGCCCGAUCACGGCGAUUGCGGUGGCGGCGGCCUUGCGCCGCAGCUCCUCUGCUUUUAGAUUUGAAGAGAGCGUCAGCGGACACGGGUACAAUAACAUGAGUGGGGUCUUCGGCGACCACCCGAACUCGGCGGUCGCGCCGCGGAUGGAGCCGUUCACGAUGCCGACCUUGGAGGAUACGGAGGUCGUCAUUCGACGCAUUCAGCGCGACGUGAACGGGCUGAACGCCGUGGCGCGGGAGCAGCGGCGGGAGCGGGACGGGGCUCGACUGCGCAACGGGCGCAUUGUGAAGCACCGCGCCGCCGUGGCCGCCGCGCUGGGCACGCCGGAUGAACAAGAGCAGGCGCUCUUAGUGGUGUGGCGGAGUCAGCUCGCCCGCAUUGGUCACGAUGCGCUGCGACGUGCCUCCGUGCCGGCCGCGCUGCGUGAGGAAGCCGGGCCGGAUUACAUGAAGCGAGAACUGCGGCACCUGGCGAACGCGCCCGUCCCGACGGAGGACGUGCUGUCGCGGUACACGAACGACAUGGAGCUGUGGCAGGAGCAGCGCGAGCAGCAGCGACAGCUGCAACUGCACGGCGGAAGGGCGGAUGUGACACCGAUGCACGUCGUGGCCGCAUCGACGCCGUCGGGCGGCGGCGCUGGCACGCGAGACGGGCCACGGCGAGUGGUGGCGACGGUGGGAGUCGGCCGGCUGGGCAUUCCCCCCGCACCGCUGCAGAGCCCAACGGCCCAGAUGAACAAUGCUGACCGCCAGACGUGGCUGCGCCAGCGCGAGGAUUUUUUCGCCGCCUACAAGGAGCUUCUGGCACACCCAGGCGGGCGGGCCGGCGGCGGGGCCUCCACCUUCGCUCUCGCCGCCCCCAGCCUCCGUUUCGCCCCUGCCCCUCCUCCCCCCGCAAAGACACCGUCGCAGCCCGUCAGGCACCGGAUAAGCGAUGGCGUCGUUGCGACGAGCAGCACCGACACGUCGUACAGGGCUGCGUUUGCCCACCGCACAGCUGGCCCCACGGUGGAUGAAAGCCAAGACGACGACGUGGGGUCUGGACGGCCGUCGUUUGACGCUCCCGCCGCGCAGCCCACUUCGCCACCGCACCCGGCGAUGGGGGACUCCGCGGACUUUCACUUGCGCGGGCCGAAGCCGGAGUUGCCGGCCCGCUACGAGAGCCCACAAAACUACUCCUACAGCACGGAGGAGCAGGCGACGCCGUCGGCGGUCGAUCACCGCGUUGCCGUGACGCCGCCGCGGGAACUGUGGAACGCGGACGACACGCAGGACUACAUGGACGGCUCCGAGGGUGAGUACUCCAGCGGCGAAUCGGAGGAGGAGGAGGAGGAGGUGGAAAAUGAGCACUCUGCGGUGUUGAGCGCGCCAGACAUGGUCGGGAACACUUCGGGGAACUCAUCCUUUGCUGCUGCUGCUGCUACUGCCGCUCCUGCUGCAGCCUCUUCUGCAAAGGCCGAGGAGGGUGAGCCCGGUAAAUGGGACCGCCACGAUGGUCUGGAGAACGCGCAGGAAGAGCAAGAAGAGGAAGUGGGAUAUGAAGAGGAGUUCGAAUCGGAGUCAGACCAAGGAGAGGAGGGACAAGCGGAAAAGGGUUUUGCAGCUGAAGUGGAGGAAAAGGAUGGCCAACCAGCGUGGCUCAACAUCUGA